AUGAGGAGAUUGAGACCCCUUUUCUCGCGGCAGCAUCGUAGGCGGAGGUAUCAGAGAUUCCACGACAAUCUUGGCUCACGGCUCGCUGCCCAGGCUGCUCUGUCAGUGAAGAUGCUGGAAGCCUUCACAAGGGACACCAAGGCCAACCACAUGAGGGCCACAACGCGGACGCUGGGGGUUCUACUACCUGACCCCGCUGCGGAAAAGAUUGACAACAAGCCUUGGGGAGUCUGGGUGCCCAUUCUUCAAAAGGAGACUUCCCUCCCUGUGCGCAGAACGGUGUCAUUCGACGUUGGCCUCACAGAGGAGUCGAAACGGUUUGCCUUUGAGGUGUAUGAUGUUGAGGACGCUAUUCGGGUCGAGAAGAUGCAGCUGCCUAUGGCCGAGGGAUGGCUAUAA